CAGUGAGAGGGAGCUGGGGCACGUUGGAGUGGACUGGACAGAUGCUGGUACCCCUAUGGUCCAGGGCCAGGCGAGCAACAUGGAGGAACAGCAUCAAGUCCAGCACAGCUUCUUCAAGAAGGUGGACGUCCCAGACCAUGUCCACUACAUCGUGGCCUUCUUCGUGUGUAUCAUUGGAACACUGGGGGUGACAGGGAACGCAUUGGUCAUGUUCGCUUUCUGGAGUAAUAAGAAACUGCGCAAUCUGCCCAACUACUUCAUCAUGAACCAGGCGGUGAGCGACUUCCUCAUGGCUUUCACACAGUCGCCCAUCUUCUUCAUUAACUGUCUCUAUAAAGAGUGGAUUUUUGGCGAGUACGGAUGCAAAAUGUAUGCCUUCUGUGGGGCUCUCUUUGGCAUCACCUCCAUGAUCAACCUGUUGGCUAUCUCCAUUGACCGCUAUCUGGUCAUCACCCAGCCCCUCAAGGCCCUUGGCCGGUCGUCAAGGCGUCGGACCACCCUGGCAAUACUAAUGGUGUGGCUCUACUCUUUUGCCUGGAGUUUUGCCCCACUCGUUGGCUGGAGCUCCUAUAUUCCAGAGGGCCUCAUGACUUCCUGCACUUGGGAUUAUGUCACAUACACAUACGCCAACCAGAGCUACACCAUGAUGCUGUGUUGUUUUACCUUCUUCAUCCCACUGGGAGUCAUCUUCUACUGCUACCUCUUCAUGUUCCUGGCCAUCCGCACUGCCAGCAGGGAAGUAGAGAACUUGGGGACACAAGUGAGGAAAUGCACACUGAUCCAGCAGAAGAGCAUCAGGAAUGAGUGGAAGCUGGCCAAAAUCGCCUUUGUGGUCAUUGUUGUGUAUGUGCUGUCCUGGUCGCCGUAUGCCACCGUCACCAUGAUAUCCUGGGCAGGACACGCCAACAUUCUAUCACCGUACUCCAAAGCCGUACCUGCAGUUAUAGCAAAAGCCUCUACCAUCUACAACCCUUUUAUUUAUGCCAUUAUACACACAAAGUACAGGGCCACAUUGGCAGAGAAGGUACCUUGUUUGAGAUGUCUGUCACCGAGAAAGGGCAAGAAGGACUUCAACAGCGAGUCAUCCUUCCGAGAUUCCACUAUCAGCAGGCAGUCGUCCGUCUCUAGGAACCAUUUCUGCGCCACAUCCUCCAUCUCCUCCAGUAUGGUGUUUGGAGAUGUGGUGCUGGAUCCUCCAGAGCGUCACCACGCCUCCUUCAGAAGCACCUCGUCCUUUCAAAUGCCCAAAGACAAAUGUUGCAAGACCAAGAUUAUUUGUGCUGCAGAGAAGCCCAGCCACGCACUGAAGAAGUCUAUGAGCGCCAGUGAACACGAAGUAGUGUCUGGCUCCGUCUGCAUGGCAGCCGUCCCCCUGCUGGCCUUAUCGAAGAGGAGCCAGAGUGUCCAGCUAACCAAUGGAGGAGAGACGACAGAGAGCGAAAGCGGCAGCGAGCGCAGGAGCACCUUGGACUCUCCUAGUUUACGAGCCCAGCUUUCUCACAUCUCCAGUAUCCCGCAAAUCAUCAUCAGCCCAACGUCGGAGAGCAGCUUAAUGUCAGAUGACAACUUGUCCUUAGUGGAGAAGCAGGGAGCCAUGAUGAGUCACGGGGAGGGAGAACUGCUGGUGGGCCUGCGGAGCUGUUCUUCAGAGCUACUGGAGUCAGUGGAAAGAUUUCUCUCCUGAGUUCACAUACAAACUCUAAACUCUUCGUCUGUGUCCCAAAUGGCAUCCUUUCUUUCCUUCUUCUUCUCUUUUCUAAUACUGAUCCAACCAAUCCAUUCCACCCAGCCUCUUUUUUUAAAACAAACUUUGAGAAGGAGACCAAGGCAAGCCCUAGGCAAGAUCUGGUUGUGCUUCAAUGAACAGAAGGGAGAAAGAAACCCAGGAAGGGCUGAUUCUGGUGUGAUCUGGUCACAAGAAAGUGUUGCCGGGUAGAAGGGAAUAUUAAAAGCCACCUGAUUCAUUCCCCAGCCACUGUGAUUAACAUCCUACUUUCUGCUGUUUGUUUACAUGGCACCCUUCAUUCAGAGGAUCUAUGAUGGUAUAGUGGUUCCAUAAUGUAUAUUGACUUAGAAAGAAGGCCUUUAUAGUAGCGAAUAGAACUAACAUCCUCAUGCCAAUGGACCAAUGUUGGCAAUGAGUGUUAAUGAGCUAUGGACAUUAAAGCCACAAUCUGGAGUCUGUUUUAAAAUAAUAAUACAUUGAAUUUAUAACGCACAUUUCAUUUAAAAAAACAAUCUCUACAUAAAAACAAGAGACAUAGACAAAAAGGACACAUCUAGACAGGGCAACUGACACAAAGAACAAAGCUCACGCUAGAAAGGGCCAGGACAACAAGCAGCACAACUAUAUCUAGGAGGGUGUU